UUUUACGCACAGCGACACGAUGAGCGGCUGGACGUCUCCUCGCGCUCUCCUGACCUCCCUCUGCCUCUCUCUGCUUUUGCACGGCUCAGGUGCUGUGUCCACUUUCGAGGUAACGCUGCUGCACACCAAUGACAACCAUGCACGGAUCGAGGAGACCAGCGAGGACUUGGGGAAGUGUCCAGACGGGGGUCCGUGCUUCGCCGGGGUCGCCAGGAGGUUCACCAAAGUGUCGGAGAUCUGCAAAAAGGAGAAGAACGUGCUGCUUCUGGAUGCUGGGGACCAGUUUCAGGGGACUAUCUGGUUCAACUAUUAUAAAGGUGCCGAGGCAGCAUACUUCAUGAAUAAACUCGGCUAUGACGCGAUGGCUUUUGGAAACCAUGAGUUUGACAAUGGAGUGGAGGGUCUGAUAAAGCCCUUUCUCCAGAAUGUGAGUUGCGCUGUGGUGAGUGCCAACAUAAAACCUGACCAGACUCUAGAUGCAACCUUCAGCAUCCACUACCAGCCCUACACACUCCUAGAUGUUGGCUCAGAGAAAGUGGCUGUGGUCGGCUACACCACUGCAGAAACCCCCCUCUUAUCCCAGCCAGGCCCACACCUACAGUUUGAGGAUGAGGUGCAGGCACUUCAGAUUCAGGUCGAUAAGCUGAGAACCCUGGGUUAUAAUAAGAUCAUCGCCCUGGGCCACUCUGGCUUUGACGUAGAUCAAGACAUUGCCAAGCGUGUGAGAGGAGUCGACGUUGUUAUUGGAGGACACACCAACACUUUCCUCUACACUGGAAAACCACCAUCCACUGAAGUACCUGCAGGUCCGUACCCUUUUAUGGUGAGGUCUAACGAUGGGAGAGAUGUGCCGGUGGUCCAGGCCUUUGCCUUCGGGAAGUACCUGGGAUACUUGAAAGUUACCUUUGACGAGGCCGGGAAUGUGGUGAAGGCUGUUGGGAACCCCAUCCUGAUGGACAGCAGCAUACCUCAAGACCCAGACAUCCUUGCUGACAUUGAGGAGUGGAAGAAAGGUUUGGCUCAGUACUCCUCAAAGUAUGUCGGACAGACCUUAGUCUACCUCAACGGGACGUUUGAAGAGUGCCGAUUUCGGGAGUGUAACCUCGGAAACCUGAUCUGUGAUGCUGUGAUCUAUCACAACAUCAAGUAUUCAAGCGAGCUGCAGUGGAAUCACGUGGGGAUAUGUAUGCUGAACAGUGGGACCAUACGAUCAGCUAUAAGCGAGCGCUACAGGAAUGGUACCAUAACUAUGGAGGAGAUCCUCACCGUCUUACCGUUCGGAGAGACCUAUGACUUGAUCCAGAUAAAGGGCUCGACAGUGAAAAAGGCAUUUGAACAUUCCGUUCACAGAUAUGGGAGCAUGUCUGGAGAGUUUCUACAAGUCUCAGGUAUUCACGUUCAGUACGACCUCUCCAAACCAGUGAACCAGCGUGCAGUGUCCAUUUCAAUGCGCUGCACUGAGUGCCGUGUGCCCAAGUAUGAACCAUUAGAUCUGGAGAAGGUGUACACUGUGGCCAUGCCUUCGUACAUGGUGGGUGGAGGUGAUGGCUUUAACAUGAUCAAGGACGAGUUACUGAAGCAUAACACAGGUGACAUGGACAUUGCUGUCUUCUCCAAAUACAUCUCAGACAUGAAGCGUGUUUACCCCACAGUGGAAGGCCGGAUCACGUUCAGGAACUCGGCUGUCUUCGCAGCCCACAGCCUCGGUUUGAUGCUGAUGGGUUUAUGGCUGUCCCUGACCCUCUGAUUGGCUUUGUACACUUUGAGAAACUGUGACAGACUGAAGGGCACUUUGGGCUGCCUGUGAAUUCCUCUGGGACUUAGUUAACGGCCUUUCCGUCUCACUGCCUCCAAGGAUAACUAGAAGACAACAGGAUUGCAGGUUCAGUCUGAGAGUAGAUUCAGUCAGUGAUUUAAACAGCUGAUUAUAAGGACAAGGGGAGUUCUUUAAGAACAUCUGUCACACGUAAGUUAAAACAAAUAUCGCGAAAAUUUGAAAGGAAUUGGCGAUUAACCAAACUGGAAGAAUCUCGUUUAAUCUGGACAGACAGUCUCAAAACUUAUAAGAGGGGCCUCCGCAAUGCCAGAGCAAACUAUUACUCAGCUCUAAUAGAAGACAAUAAGAACAACCCCAGGUUUCUUUUCAGCACUGUAGCCAGGCUGACUGAGAGUCAAAGCUCUAUUGAGCCUUGUAUUCCCUUAGCCCUUAGCAGUAAUGAUUUUAUGAGCUUUUUUAAUGACAAAAUUCUAACUAUUAGAGGCAAAAUUCAUGACCUCUUGCCCUCAGAUAGUACCUAUCUAACCUCAAACACAGCUGUAAAACCUAAUAUAUAUUUAGAUUGCUUCUCCCCAAUUUCUCUUCAAGAAUUGACUGCAGUGAUUUCUUCAUCCAAAUCAUCAACGUGUCUCUUAGACCCCAUCCCAACUAGGCUACUUAAGGAGGUCUUUCCUUUAGUUAACACUCAUAUAUUAGAUAUGAUCAAUAUAUCCUUAUUAACAGGCUAUGUACCACAGUCUUUUAAGAUAGCUGUAAUUAAACCUCUACUAAAAAAGCCCACCCUGGAUCCAGAGGUGUUAGCCAAUUAUAGACCAAUAUCUAAUCUUCCCUUUAUGUCAAAGAUCCUUGAGAAAGUAGUCGCAGACCAGCUGUGUGAUUUUCUCCAGGAUAAUAAUUUAUUUGAGGAAUUUCAGUCAGGAUUUAGAGUGCAUCAUAGCACUGAGACAGCUCUAGUUAAAAUUACAAAUGACCUUCUGAUUGCUUCAGACAAAGGACUC